AUGGCUUGGAAGGAUGAUCUGAAGCAGCUGCUUCACGUCUACUACCUAGUGAACAUCCUGCUUUGCUGCUCUUACCUGGUCCUGCGCUCUGUGCCCCCAGUGUGCAACUUCCUGUUUCCUGAGCAGGGUUGCCAGCUGGACUUCCGCGAAUCCGAAAUCCUCUUCUUCCUCAUGGUUAUUGUUAUGUUCAGGAACAGAAGAGCCGGGUCCACUUCGCUGGUGGCGUACAUCAGCUCGGCCUUUGUUUAUGUGAAGGCUGCGAAUGUCAUCCUGUUCUUUUACUCGGACCCGAGGAUGGGAGUGGUGUUCGUGGUCUUGUGGCUGUUGCAGGCCCUGACUCUUGCUGAGCCUGUUUAUAAUGGGCCCGACAAGGUUCUUUAUUUCAGGGGUAAUUUCGAUGAAGAAGUGUUGCAUGGAGAUUCGAGAGUGACGUGGUUGGUUGCCCACUACGCGACUUGGUCCCCCGCUUGUGACCAGUUCGCACCGACGUUCCGUCGCCUUUCACACACCUACGGCUGUGACUUUUUCAAGUUUGGCAAGUUGGAUGUGACGAGGUAUCCUGAAACGGCCAAGGAGCAGCAUGUGUCGGAUUCGCCGUACAGUCGACAGUUGCCGACCCUGAGUCUGUUCAAGGGUGGAAAAGAAGUCAAGAGGCGACCCUUCGUCGACAGCAAGGGACUCGUUAUUAAAUUCCCCUUUACGGAGCAAAACAUUGUGAAUGCCUUUGACUUGAACAACGUCUACGAGGAAGCCAAGAAGCUCUGUAAAACUGAGAAGACCGUCAAGAAAACGGACUAG